UCUCGUCUUCUCUGUUGAUGUAGCAUUUAGGAUGCAAAUUAAACUAUACAAAAUACGCUAAAUUUUUAAAACAAGACAUAUUUAAACAUUAUUCAAUAUUGAUGAAGCAAUAUAAUAUAAAAAAUACUCAGACUAUCCACUAUGGCGGCCGACAUUUGUACAAGGCAAUAAUCAAAGCGAUUUACAUCACAUUUUAGAACAUUCAGAUGCUGAGGAAACAAUCUUAAAUGACACAAUCUUCAGUGAAGUCACUAUCACACCAGUUCAUCUAUAAAUACUGUGAAGAAGUCAAACAAGCAGCUGCUGUCACAACACAUUCAACUACUCUACUAUUCUGAUCCACUGUUGUAAUGAUGGAGUGUGUUAAAGAGGAGACUGAUCCUGAAUCAUCCACAAUUACACCUCAACAUACUCAACAACAAAGAGAUCUCAUGGAAAUAAAGGAGGAAGGUGAAGAACACGAUGAAGUGGAGGAUGAACAUCAACACCGCAGUUUUAUAAUUGAAGAAAAUUAUUUCAACUCCUCACAAACUGAUGAGAAAUCAACUCAAGAAAGAUCUGAAGCCAAAAAAACUUUUGCUUGCCAUCUUUGUGAUAGGACUUUCAUACACAAAGGAAACCUAAAGUAUCACAUAAGGGUUCACACUGGUGAGAGGCCUUACGCAUGCUGCCAGUGUGAGAAAACUUUCAUUCAAAUAAGUGAGCUUAAUGCUCAUUUAAGGAUUCACAGUGGUGAGAGACCGUUCACCUGCCCUCAGUGUGAUAAGAGUUUCCUAAGAAAAUCAGAUCUAAAGCGACACAUUUGGGUUCACACUGGAUUAAAACCUUUCGUGUGCCCUCAUUGUGAUAAAAGUUACAGAGGAAAAUCAGAUCUACAGCGUCACAUACGGGUUCACACUGGAGUAAAACCUUUCUCGUGCCCUCAUUGUGAUAGGAGCUUCCGAGGAAAAUCUGAUCUAGAGAGUCAUAUACGAAUUCACAUUGGGGUAAAACCUUUCCUGUGCUCUCACUGUGAUAAGAAUUUCUUAAGAAAAUCAGAUUUAAAUCGUCACAUACGGGUUCACACUAGAGUAAAACCUUUCUCGCGCCCUCAUUGUGAUAAGAGUUUCCAAGGAAAAUCAGAUCUGGAGAGUCACAUACAGGUUCACACUGGAGUAAAACAUUUCCUGUGCCCUCAUUGUGAUAAGAUUUUCCAAAGAAAAUCAGAUUUAAAGCGACACAUACGUGUUCACACUGGAGUAAAACCUUUCUCGUGCCCUCAUUGUAAUAGGAGUUUUCGAGAAAAAUCUGAUCUAGAGAGUCACACAGGAGUUCACACUGGAGUAAAACCUUUCCCGUGCACUCAUUGUGAUAAGAGUUUCUUAAGAAAAUCUGAUUUAAAUCGUCACAAAAGGGUUCACACUGGAGUAAAACCUUUCUUGUGCCCUCAUUGCGAUAAGAGUUUUCAACAAAAAGGAGGUCUUCAGAGUCACAUACGAAUUCAUACAAGUGAAGAAGACAGGCUGAGCUCACGCCGGAGGAGAGGCGGGUCAAACACUACAUCAACCAACCAGAAGAUGCUUUCUGUACCAAAGAAUUUAAGAGUUAAUAUAGCUUGUGAAUUACUAUAUAUAUCACCCGAUGCUACCACAACAUACUUCAUGGAAAUUAAGGAGGAAGUUGAAGAACACGAAGUGAAGGAUGAACAUCAACACCACAGUUUCAUAAUUGAAGAAGAUUCUUUCAGCUCCUCACAAACUGAUGAGAAAUCACCUCAAGAAAUAGCUGAAGCUAAAAAACUUUUUGCUUGCCAUCUUUGUGAUAGGACUUUCUUACACAGAGGAAACCUAAUAUAUCACAUAAGGGUUCACACUGGUGAGAGGCCUUACGCCUGCCCCCACUGUGAGAAGACUUUCAUUCAGAAAAGUGAGGUUAACUCUCACAUAAUGAUUCACACUGGUGAGAGGCCGUUCACCUGCCCUCAGUGUAAUAAGAGUUUCAGUAGAAAAUCAGAUCUAAAGCGUCACAUACGAGUUCAUACUGGAUUUAAACCUAGUUUCCCUUGCCCUCAUUGUGAUAAGAGUUUCCUAGGAAAAUCAGAUCUGGAGCGUCACAUACGAGUUCACACUGGAGAGAAACCUUUCAAGUGCCCUCAUUGUGAUAAGAGUUUUCAACAGAAAGGAGGUCUUCAGACUCACAUGCAAAGUCAUACAAGGGAGAAGCACAGGCGUCGCUCAAGUUGGAGGAGAGGUGGAAUAAACACUGCAUCAACCAACCGAAAGAUCCUUCCUCUACCACUGAACAUAGGAGUUAAUAUAGCUUGUCAAUUACUAUAUUUAACACCCCAUGCUAUUCACAAUAUGAAUACACAGUGAUUAAACAAAUUAUAUCUCCUAAAUCUGAUAUUUGUAAGACUGUACGUCUGCGGAUAUUUGCAUUAUAGCAACCAAAGAGCCCUUAAGCGCUCGUUUUUAGGUGUUUAGACACCUAAAAACUUUUGGUGGAGUUCAUUUGACCUCAAGAUUGUAUCAAAUGAAUGACCCAAUGCACUGUUGUUUUUACUUUUAUUUUGAAUUAGGCAUUGAAUUUUUUUUAAAAUUAACCCUGGGAUUUUUUUAUUGCAGUGUAUAUGAUAUAGUGGAUACGACAUGUUAACUUUAAUAUAAUUUAUAAUGUAGUUUAUAUUUACUGUCAAACUGUAAUUUAUUAUGAUUCAGGAUGCUUUAAUAUUUGAUCACUGUUUAUAAUAAAAACGGUUACAGUGAGUAAUUUCACUGAUUAAAGUAUCAAUAUAUUUAAUAAAAAAUACAAAUAAUGGU